AUGGUGGGCAAGGACUGCGUCGCGAUAGCCUGCGACCUGCGCCUCGGCCUCCAGGCCCUGACCGUGUCCAACAACUUCCCAAAGAUCUUCCAGUACGGCGACGUCUUCCUCGGCCUCACGGGCCUUGCCACGGAUGUCACCACCGUCGGCGACCUCUUCCGCUACAAGUCCAACAUGUACCGUCUCCGCGAGGAGCGCAACAUCGCGCCCCGCACCUUUGCGAACCUCGUCUCCUCGUCCCUCUACGAGCGCCGCUUCGGCCCCUACUUUGUCUCCCCCGUCGUCGCCGGCCUCGACCCCAAGACGGGGAAGCCCUUCAUCUGCGGCUUCGACUCGAUCGGCUGCAUCGACUUUGCCAAGGACUUUAUCGUCUCCGGCACGGCAUCCGAGCAGCUGUUCGGCAUGUGCGAGAGCUUGUGGGAGCCUGAUCUGGGCCCCGAUGAGCUUUUCGAGACCAUCUCUCAGUCCCUUCUCAACGCUGUCGAUCGCGACGCCCUGUCCGGCUGGGGCGCGCACGUCUACAUUAUUGAGAAGGACAAGGUUACCAAGAGGCUGCUCAAGGGCAGGCAAGAUUAA